AUGCAGGAUAUGAAAUCGGGUGAAAUCAACGGGGGAGAGAAAUGGGGGUACAGAAAAUUUUGGAGAAAUCAGUUGAGAAAUUAGGUGGAGAAGAAAACAGAAGGUUGUUUUUUUUUGGAAUUUUUGUUUUGUUUUUUUGGAAAUUAAUUUGCAGUUAUUCUUGAUUAAAUUGAGGAUUACAAGAACCAGGAAAUAGAUUGUGUCGGGGAUGUUGGGAUUUAGAGAUCAAAAGGGAGAUGAGUACUGGCGAGAAAAUUGUUGGAAUUUAAUAAUGUGGUUUGGAUGUUACGUGCAUGUGGAUAGCAGAGGAAGAGCGAUUUUGGGGUGAAGCUGCUCUUACAGCUGUUUAUCUUAUUAAUCGUAUUCCAUCAUCAGUCCUUAAUAACCAGUCUCCAUACAAGCAUCUACAUGGUAUUCUUUCUUAAGGUUUUUGGUUGUGCAUGUUUUGUUCUUCUUCCACCUCAUGGACAUAACAAGUUAGAACCUAGAGCUCGAUUAUGCUGUUUUUUGGGUUAUGGAAUUACACAAAAAGGAUAUUGUUGUUGGAUCUUGUGUCACAAAAACUCCUAGUUUCACGUCAUGUUGUCUUUUGGGAACACCCUAUGUUCUCAUCAUUGUCAAACUUCAAAGUGUCAUCCUCUCAUCAACCUCCAUUUUUUACUAAUCCUUCUAUUGAGCUAUUUCCUAGUGAUUCUAAUGUAAGUACAUCUAAAGAGCUCUACAAUGCCUCACCACAUGCUCCAAUUAGUUCUGUAAAAGAUGAUCUACCUGCUGGUAAUGCAUUAGAUAAUUUUGAGCCUUCUUCUACUUCCUCAUCUGUAUCACCUGUUGAUUCUACAAAUGAGCUUGUUGUGCCAUUCUUGAGUCCUCCUACUCGGGUAAGAAACCCUCCCAACUACCUUCGUGAUUAUCAUUAUUUUCCUGCUAUUACUUCGUUACAUGAGCCUCAAUCCUAUCAAGAUGCCUUUUCUAACCCUCUUUGGCAACAAACUAUGCAAGAUGAAUUACAAGCUCUUAAGAACACUAGUACAUGGGAUUUAGUUGAUCUCCCUGCUGAAAAAUCUCUAAUAGGCUGUAAAUGGGUGUACGAGAUCAAAACACGAUCUGAUGGUUUUGUGGAGCGUUAUAAGGCACGCUUGAUAAAUGUGAAAAAUGCUUUUCUUAAUGGUGACCUAGAAGAAGAAGUUUAUAUGAAACCAUCUCCUAGACUCAACCAUCCUCCGAACAAGGUAUGCCAAUUGCAUCGUGCAUUAUAUGGGUUGAAGCAAUCCCCUCGAGCCUGGUAUGCAAAGUUUAGUGCUACUAUGAGUGAGUUUGGUUUUACUUCCUGUCUUCAUGAUACAGCUUUGUUCAUUCGUAAGACUGCUUGGGGUAUGGUCCUCUUACUUUUUUAUGUUGAUGACAUGAUUAUUACUAGAGAUGAUGUCGCAAGUGUUGAGGAGUUAAAACAAUCUCUCAGUCAGAAAUUUGAGAUGAAAAAUCUUGGUGUUCUGAGCUAUUUUUUAGGGCUUGAAGUGACCUCUUCAGAUGAUGGCUACAUGCUUUCUCAAGUAAAGUAUGCCUUUGAUCUUGUUCCUAAAGCUGAACUCAAUGAUGGUAAGAGUGAUUCUACACCUCUUGAACCUAAUGUCAAGCUUACACCUAUGGAUGGCUCUCCACUCUCUGAUCCUACUCACUAUCGGCAAUUGGUUGGUAGUCUGGUUUAUCUUACUAUGACACGCCCUGAUAUAGCAUAUGCAGUUCACAUUGUUAGUCAGUUUAUGGCUGUUCUUCGCUCCACUCAUUAUGCAGCAGUACUUCGCAUCAUUCGCUAAGUUAAGGGACAUUAUUUCAUGGACUCCAUUUUUCUGCCAACUCCUCCCCUGUGCUUCGCGCUUACUCUGAUGCUGAUUGGGCUGGUGAUUCUUUUGAUUGUAGAUCUACCACUGGUUACUGUCUUUUCUUUGGUAAUUCUCUUAUCUCUUGGAGGAGUCAGAAAUAAACUAUUCCAUCUCGC